GGAUGCCUCGUUUGGAACCUGCAUGUACAAUCUGGACAUCCUAGAUUGCCUUCAUGCUGUUCACAAAGCUCUGCAGUACGGCUGGCUCAAUUUCUCAAAGUUUGAUGUGGAAGAGUACGAGCAUUAUGAGCGAGCAGAAAAUGGUGACUUUAACUGGAUUAUCCCCGGGAAGUUUCUUGCUUUCAGUGGGCCACAUCCCAAAAGCAAAAUAGAAAAUGGUUACCCUUUACAUGCUCCUGAGGCCUACAUCCCGUACUUCAGGAAACAUAACGUCACCACCAUCAUCAGACUCAACAAAAAGAUGUACGAUGCCAGACGUUUUACAGAAUCUGGUUUUGAACAUUACGACUUGUUCUUUGUGGAUGGAAGCACACCGAACGACUCUAUUGUCACGAAGUUCAUCAAUAUCUGUGAGAACGCAGAAGGAGCAAUUGCUGUUCACUGCAAAG